UAUAAUUUUUUUCUCCUGUUGUUCCAUCCUCAUUUUUUCUCUAUCGAGAUCUCUCAUUGCUUUAUUCAAAGCUCUUUGGUUCUUCCUCAGCAUCUCCUCAGGGGUAACUCGCUUUCCAAAUAACCACUCCAUGGUUGUAAAGUAGGAGAUUGCACCAACAAGUCUAUUUAAAAAAUAACAGGUUAAAAGCAAGUUCAAAUAUCAUUUAUUUUUUAAUGGUACCUUUAAUGGUACCAGAAGAUAACACUGUCAAGUAAGUAAAUUGAUUGAAAGAUGAAAUAAGGAUGAAAAACCAGUUAACAUUUAGUAAAUUGUAAUUUCUACUGCAUAAUAAUAAUCGAAACAUACCUGGAUUAUUAAAACACUCUGUUAAUAAGUAUUUUCGAAAUAGUUUAUAACAAUGCUUUAUUAUCUGUUCAAAUUGACUUUCGUUAGGUUACGAUCCUAAUAUCACAAAUAUAAUCUGAUCAUCCGAAGGUACGAGCGGAUGAGUCACAAGUCGAAAAUGAUUAAAAAUGUUCUCACGUCUAAUGCACUAACUUUGACAUUUCUAAACUUUCUCAGAACGAGAGAAACAUCUUAAUUGCGCCAAUUUAGUCUAUAAAAUGUCUAAUCGUAUACAUAUCCGAGAAAGAAUGCUAUCGAAUUAUAAACAGACUAGUAAAUAGCUCAUGGCUGUAUGCAAUACUCACUUGACUGCGGUCAAUGUCAAUUUGACAGAUACGGCAAGAAAUUCGAAAUUAAAUCUUCGUAUCAAUAAAACAGAUCGUUAAUCAUUCUUACCGAUUCAAUUUAUUCAAAAAUCCCUUUAUCCACGAUUAUCUCAAAAUAUCAUUUUUGUUCAGAACUUUUAGGGAUAUAUUGUGCGAAAUUUAUUAUGUAGUUAUAUACAAAUAAUCCCAUUUAUCCAGUAUUUUUAUUAUUAACGUAAUAUAAAUGGAAAAUCUCUAAUAAAAUUAAAUCGUUUUAAUAAAGUGCACCAUUUGGAAUUAUAGAUUCAAAUAGUAUUGCAAACUUGUUGCAUUCUGUUGGCAAUUUACGUUUACAUCAUAUCAAAGAAUAGGAGGUUGGGUUUCGUCCACGAGUUCACUACUGUCACCUGAGUCAGUGUUAUUAAAGUAGCAUGAUUUAUAAGUGAAACAGAUUAGAAAAGAAACUUAAAUAAAUAAUAGUACAAAUAAUUUAAUUACUUCGAACAAUUGUUUUUACAUACGAAGUAUUACACGUGCAGUCUGAGCUACUGGUUCUUCGUGCGUUAUGUGGUCGUACUAUCAUAACAAAAGUUGAGAAUUUAUUAUAAUAUUAAAUACAUUGUUGGAAAACAACAUUAAAGAUGAAGACAGCAUUUAUGGUUGCUGAAAAACCAUCUUUGGCAGCUUCACUGGCCAAUAUUUUAAGUAAUGGUCGGUGCAGUACUAGGAAAGGUUUAAAUGGAUCAUGUUCUGUGCACGAAUGGAUAGGCCAAUUCAGAUCAGAAACAGUAAACUUUAAAAUGACUUCAGUGUGCGGACAUAUUAUGAAUUUAGAUUUCAUUGGGAAAUAUAAUCAUUGGGAUAGAGUAGAUCCUGCAGAGUUAUUUUCAUGUCCAACUGAAAAGAAGGAAGCAGCUCCUAGAUUAAAAAUUCCUUAUUUUCUCGCCAAAGAAGGAGGUCAUUGUGAUUAUUUAAUAUUAUGGUUGGAUUGUGAUAAAGAAGGUGAGAACAUUUGUUUUGAAGUCAUUUCUGCAGUGCAACAGGGUACGAACAGAAAAUUGAAUCCAAAUGACAUUUGGAGGGCAAGAUUUUCUGCUAUUACAGAAAAAGAUAUCAAAGCUGCAAUGGGCAACCUGAUAAAGCCAAAUGAAAAUGAAGCCAAAAGUGUUGAUGCUAGACAAGAUCUAGAUUUAAGAAUUGGUUGUGCUUUCACAAGGUUUCAGACAAAAUUCUUUCAGGGGAAAUACGGAGAUUUAGACGUGUCCCUCAUUUCCUAUGGUCCUUGUCAAACACCGACAUUAGGAUUUUGUGUACAGAGGCACGAUGAAAUUCAAACAUUCAAGCCUGAUCCAUAUUGGGUCCUGCAGGUUACAGUAAAGUCUUCAGAAGGUCAAGAUACUGUCUUAAGUUGGAGUCGGGUGCGAUCCUUUGACAAAGAAGUAGCAAGUGUGUUCCUGAGCCAUGUGAAAGAGUAUGAUCAGGCAAUCGUUUUAAGCGUGGAUAGUACAGAAAAAACAAAGUCGCGGCCAAUAGCCUUGAAUACUGUAGAAUUGAUGAGAGUAGCUAGCUCUGGUUUGGGAAUGAGUCCACAUCAUGCUAUGCAAGUGGCGGAGCGCCUGUAUAUACAAGGCUAUAUAAGUUACCCUCGAACUGAGACUACUGUGUACCCAGAGAAUUUUGAUUUAGCUGCAGCGUUAAAGCAACAACAGAGUAGUUCUGAUUGGGGAGAUCAAGUUCGCAAAAUAUUAGCAACUGGCAUUAACAGACCAAAGAAAGGACACAAUGCUGGAGAUCAUCCUCCUAUCACUCCAAUGAAACACGCAACGAGAAGCGAACUCGAUGGAGAUAUGUGGAGACUAUACGAUUACAUUACUCGACAUUUUAUUGCUACAUUAGCUCCAGAUUGCAAGUAUCUAAGUACAACGGUGAGGUUCGAAAUUGGAACGGAAAUUUUUACUGCAAAUGGCCACAGUUUGCUGGAUCCUGGAUACACUAAUAUUCUCACUUGGCAAGCACUUGGAAGUAACGAUACGUUGCCUAAAUUUACACCUGGCGAAAGGGUCAAUAUACAAGAGACGAAGAUGCUGGAAUGCUACACACAACCGCCUGACUAUUUGACGGAAGCAGAAUUAAUCUCUCUAAUGGAGAAGCAUGGAAUAGGAACUGACGCUUCGAUUCCAGUGCAUAUAAAUAACAUAUGCAUGCGAAAUUACGUGAACGUUACAGGUGGUAGGAAAUUAGUUCCUACUUCAUUAGGAAUUGUAUUAGUUCAUGGAUAUCAAAAGAUAGACCCUGACUUGGUUUUACCCACAAUGAGAUCUGCGGUUGAAGAACAAUUGAACUUAAUAGCUUUGGGACGCGCGGAUUACUAUGCUGUGUUGCAACAUACAGUAGAAAUAUUCAAACAAAAGUUCAAAUACUUUGUGCAUAGCAUAGAAGCGAUGGACCAAUUAUUUGAAGUUUCAUUUUCACCACUUUCUGCAUCUGGAAAAGCACAUUCCAGAUGUGGAAAAUGUCGACGUUACAUGAAGUACAUACAAACAAAGCCAUCAAGAAUGCAUUGUGUGCAUUGUAAUGAAACAUACAAUCUUCCACAAAAUGGAAACAUUAGAAUUUACAAGGAACUAAAAUGCCCAUUGGAUGAUUUCGAAUUGCUCUCCUGGUCUACUGGGGCGAGGGGAAAGAGCUACACCUUCUGCCCAUAUUGCUAUAAUAAUCCACCGUUCAGGGACAUGAAGAAAGGAAUGAGCGGUUGUAAUUCAUGUACACAUCCAACCUGUCCGCACGGAAUGAACUCAAAUGGUUUAUCGAGUUGUCUAGAAUGCGAUUCGGGUAUACUCGUACUUGAUCCUUCGGCUGCACCAAAAUGGAAAUUGGGCUGCAAUCGUUGCGACGUUAUUAUUCAUUUAUUCGAGAAUGCCCAUAAAGUGAUGGUCGACACCGAUGUGUGCGACUGCGGCGCGCAGUUAGUCACUGUCGAAUACAAACAGGAAAAAACGAAACUUCCCAAUGAAGCUACAGAAAUGAGCGGAUGCGUUUUCUGCACGCCGGCUUUCAUCUCUCUGGUAGAGAAACACAGGGCUAUUGCUUCCAAACCAGUUACCACUCGUAGUCGUGGGCACGCGAAAGGUCGCAGUCGGGGGAAACCCCGACCCCCGAAGGACAAAAUGGCGCAACUAGCAGCGUACUUUGUAUAAUAAUUUGUAAGCCAAGCUUGUGAAUCUAAUCGUUCUCUUCCUAAAUUCUUGCGCGUUCGUCGGUAGGCGUAAUCUCGAAAACAAAUUUCAAUGUAUUUACUACCUCAACGAAUCAUCGGAUACUGAUCGCGUUAAGUUAUUUGUAACGGUACAUCAUGUGUUUCGAACGUUGUGAUUUUGUGAUCGUAACAGAUAGCGAACUACGUUUUGUUUUGUAUACAUGUCGCGUUAUUUUUCGGUAUUGCGUUGAUAUAUUACGAUGAGAAUUGUGAAGAUCAUAUGCUAUUUUUAAAAAAAUAUAACCCAAUCUUACGCAAAUUUUCUGUCGGUUUUUAAUUACACGUGAGUCAGAAUGAUUCUAAAUUUAACAAUUACCAAUCUUGAGUAUUUCCCUAAGUGACCCAAAGAUGGCACAACGUGCGGUUUUUUGGCCACGAACCCUUAGAGAAAUUCCUGGAAACUUG